UUCAAUUUAAUGGCUGCCCAACCUGCCUCAACCAGUUGAAGAGAAUCAAAAUUCGAUAAAUUAAGGUCAUUUUACGGGGAAAUAUUGCUCACUCAAGACAGCAAUGACGUCGGCUCUGUAUCUAGAACACUAUCUGGAUGGUUUGGAGCAUUUGCCCAAUGAACUGAAACGAAAUUUCACUCUAAUGCGAGAUCUCGAUUCCCGGGCCCAGGUGCUGAUGAAAUCAAUUGAUGAGAAGGCUAACGAGUUCAUGAAACAACUAGUCAACCCGAAGGAGAGCUUCCCGGAAGAUGUCAAAAAGGAAAAACUGAGAGCCAUUCAGGAACUGUUCAACAAAGCCAAGGAAUACGGCGACGACAAAGUGCAGCUAGCGAUUCAAACCUACGAGCUGGUAGAUAAACACAUUCGCCGAUUGGACUCGGAUCUGGCCCGGUUCGAGGGUGAAAUCCAGGACAAAACGCUCACUUCCCGGGAAAAGACAACCGAAGAAACGGUCACCAAAAAGGGUGGCCGCAAGAAGGUGAAGGACACAAAGGGUUCGGCCAAGAAGAAGCGUGCCCACUCGUCCGAGGAUGAGGGAAGGGCCGGAACAGGUACGGGUGGGUCCGGAUCAGCUGGAACGGCAGCUGGCGGUUCCAGUGGGGCCAAUGGUAAAGGCAAGAACAACAAGAAGCAGAAGGUAAAUCAAGAAAAAGAAGGCCGCAAGGGCCAAAAGAAAAACGCCGAUCUGGAUGACAGCGCCCAGGAUGGUGGACACUCGACUCCACAUCCAAGCGAUGUGCUAGACAUGCCGGUGGAUCCCAACGAACCGACCUACUGUCUGUGCCACCAGGUGUCCUACGGUGAAAUGAUUGGCUGCGAUAACCCCGAUUGUCCGAUCGAAUGGUUCCACUUUGCUUGCGUGGGGUUGACCACCAAACCGAAAGGCAAAUGGUUUUGUCCCAAAUGCUCGCAGGAUCGAAAGAAAAAGUGAACCGCCGGCAGCAGCGAUAUUGGUCGCGCUUCUUGGCACUACUUUUAAGCUACAAAUACAAUGUAUCCUAAUUCCUAUGUCCGAUUUAUUGUGGAAAGCGAGUAAGAAUGUGAGAAUCUGCAUAAAUAUUUGGAGACACGCGUGUCGAGCGCUUAAAAGUGCUUCUCGAAAGAAAUAAGAAUGUUGUGGUGCGUAUUUCGUCAUCGUUCAAACAUUAAACGGAGGUUUCUCUUUGAUCUUAAAUAAGUACCA